GACACAAUCCGCAUCCUCGUUGCAACCGAUAAUCAUGUCGGAUACGAAGAACGAGAUCCCAUCCGUAAGGAUGACAGUUGGCGUACCUUUGACGAGAUCUUGAACCUCGCCCGCACCGAAGAUGUCGACAUGGUUCUCCUUGCCGGUGAUCUCUUCCACGACAACAAGCCCUCUCGAAAGUCACUCUACCAAGUCAUGCGAACCCUUCGACAGAAUUGCCUUGGAAUGAAACCCUGCCCCCUCGAAUUUCAAUCCGAUGCUGCGUCUGUCUUUGAAGGCGCCUUUCCUCACGUCAACUACGAAGACCCCGAUAUCAACAUUUCCAUCCCAGUCUUUUCGAUUCAUGGAAACCAUGACGAUCCUUCUGGCGAGGGCAACUUUUGUUCACUUGACCUCUUGCAGGCGAGUGGACUGCUCAACUACUUUGGACGGGUUCCCGAGGCGGAUAAUAUCCAAGCCAAGCCCAUCCUACUCCAGAAGGGUCUUACAAGACUGGCACUUUUUGGGUUGAGUAAUGUUCGAGACGAGCGAAUGUUUCGAACAUUUCGAGACCACAAGGUCAAGUGGUUUCACCCCAGUCCCCAGAGCCCAGACUGGUUCAACCUCUUGGCUGUCCACCAGAACCACCACGCCCACACAGCUACAUCCUAUCUCCCCGAGAAUGUCCUUCCCGACUGGUUGGAUCUUGUCGUCUGGGGUCACGAGCAUGAAUGUUUAAUUGAUCCUACCCAGAACCCAGAGACAGGUUUUCAUGUCAUGCAGCCUGGCUCCUCAGUUGCCACUUCGUUGGUACCCGGCGAAGCCGUCCAAAAGCAUGUCGCUAUCCUCAGCGUCACAGGCAAAGACUUCAAGGUUGAAAAGCUUCCACUCAAGAGCGUGCGACCCUUUGUCACUCGAGAACUCGUCCUUUCGCAAGAUAAGAACUUUAAAGGACUUGACAAGAAGAAGGAAAACCGCCAAGAGGUGACACGAAAGCUGAUGGAAGUCGUCGAAGAGAUGAUUGAGGAAGCCAACGCCGAUUGGGAGGCGAUCCAGACAGAUGAGGAGGCUCUGGAAGAACGACCACUUCCCCUGAUUCGACUCAAGGUGGAGUACACAGCAACAGAUGGUGGUCAAUUCGAGAUUGAGAAUCCCCAGCGAUUCUCCAAUCGGUUUGUUGGAAAGGUGGCCAACACGAACGACGUUGUGUACUUUUACCGCAAGAAGACGUCACAACACGCCCUCGAGGCCCUGGCUGACGGUAGUGACGCAGUCAAGGUCGAGAGUCUCGUCCAGGACUUUCUCUCAGCACAAUCCCUCAAGGUUCUCCCACAAGGUCCCUUUGGCGACGCUGUAACCCAGUUCGUGACCAAGGACGACAAGCAUGCCAUGGAGCUCUUCGUAUCAGAACACCUCACAGGUCAAGUCCGACAGAUGCUAGGCCUAGAAUCCGACGAUGAGGAUCUCAACAGCGCCAUGGAGAUAUACCGAACAAGGAUCGAGCAGGAGCAAGCGAGCGGGGCCCCCACGACGACCCAAGCGGAACGCAAGCGGGUUCUCAAACCAAAGCCCGCUACAUGGGACAGCGACUUUGACGGCAGCUGGGAGAACGAACCA